AUGGCACGCCAAUUGGUUGUCCUAGUUCUCAUAUCCAUAGCCCUCAUCGGCUUCGUCUCCGCCGCAGGCCCCACCACCUCUCCAUCCCCCACACCUACAAGUCACACGCCACCACCAAAAUCCACACCAAGACCCGCCCCUAAAGCAGCACCAAAAGCCGCACCUAAAAACGCACCCCCACCAAAAUCGACAAAAACACCGGCCGCCUCACCGAAGGCCCACAAAUCAGGUUCCUCCCCAAACACUUCUCCUCCGUCUCCGUUCGGCGGGCAUCGGACACGGUCUCCACCGGCUGUUGAUGGCGCACCAGCAUCUGACGGGGCACCGGCUGAUGCACCCUCAGCAGCGGGGGCCAGCUUGAAGGGAUCGGCUGCCGCGGGUGCAAUGGCUAUUGCUACUUACUUCUUUUACUAG